AUGCUGGACUUAUGGAAGGGCCCCGGGUUCAAAGAGGUCAGCGCGGCCCCAACCGACAUGAACAUUGCCAGUAUCGCCUGGGGAAUCUCGCUCGGCGUCGCCAUGUUCACAUUUACCAAAGGCAUGCGACAGACGAUCAAGUCAUGGCUGAGGGGACGCAGGAUGAACCACUACAUCAUCUUGAUAUGGCUUGAGUGGACAAGUAGUUGCCUAAUGAGCGCCGUAACUUGGUGUUAUCUACGAAAUUACAUUCCCGGCGGGUUUCCGGUCUUUUUUGUUCUGAUUUUCCUCUGGUCCAUUCAGAUUCAAGCACUCAUCCAAAUCAUUAUCAACCGAAUUGCAAUCCUCAUGGUUAACCGACAGAGUGCCAAACGACUAAAGAUAUGGUCUUUCGUUGUCAUCUUCUGCAUCAACAUCAGCGUCUUCACAAUCUGGAUCCCAGCUAGACUUCAAGUCAAUGACACCUGGGUCAAUAUCAACAAAGUCUGGGAUAGAAUCGAGAAGGUCAUCUUCCUGCUUGUUGAUGCAGGACUUAAUCUCUACUUUAUCCAUCUCGUGCAUUCGAGGCUUAUCGCGAACGGCCUUACCAAGUAUACGCGCCUGUUUCGCUUUAACUUGGGCAUGAUUGCUAUCUCGAUGGCCAUGGAUGUCAUUCUCAUUGCAAUGAUGUCUCUCCCCAACGACAUUGUCUACGUUCAAUUCCACCCCCUCGCAUACCUCGUCAAACUCCACAUCGAGAUGAACAUGGCCGACCUCAUCAUCAAGGUCGUCAAAGCCAGCAACAACGGCAACUACCCCGAAUACUCCGGCUCCAGAUCCCGCAGCACCCAACAAAAGAAGAAGAGUUCUGGUCAGUCUCGCAAGAGCAAAAUGCCGUCGGCCAUGUUCAUGGGUGGUAACACUACAGUCAUCGAAGCGGGUGUAGAAGACAUCGAGAUGGCGGAUAUGACUGAGGGAGGCAUUCAGAAGACGACAAGGACUGAGGUCUCUGUCAAGCAUACCAGACGGUCUGAAACCGACGAUCGAGAUAUGAUCAGCGAUGCAGAGUCGACAAAGCAAUUGCACAGGGAGCAUUUCACAGUAUGA